UGUAUAAGAAGCAUGAGAAUUUAAAGAUGGCUGCGCCCAUGUCAUGUAUUGUUGCUGUUUUAUGACUGUUUAGUGUUUAAAGUUAAUAUCAUGAUAUUUCAGAAAAAAUGAAUGAAUUGAAGCCGAUCAAAGUAUAUUUACAAAACGACAAGCCAUUGGUCUGGAGUGCGAGAGAUUCUGUAGAACUGCGAGAACAGUGGAGAAUUGUGGGGUGUCUGAUCGGAUGCUUGCCUCGAUUACCUCGACAAAACAAUUAUCUAGGUUUGCCACUACAGCUUUCAAAGGAAGAAGUCACCCUACUGUUGGAGAAAGGUGCCAUUUUGCUUCUCAAUAACAGCAGUGACUUAAAGCAGCCCAGUGUGCAGGAGAAAGAGGAGUUUAAUGAAUACAGACAGAAGAGCUACCAAGCACAGGUAGAAAUGUUUCGAGAGGAAAGAAAGAAGGAAAUUCAUCAGAACAUGGCAAACAUCAUCGAGGGUAAGAGAGACAAGGCUCAGAAGGAUUUGGAGGAGAGGAAAAGCCGCGGUGAAGUUUCGGAAGAAGCUGAGGUGGAGGAGGACUUCAGCAUAGACGUAGACAAAGUUCCUAUCCCCCCAAUUCCGAAGAAGUUCAGUCUGGUUCAGUUAUUUACAGAGUCUCCAUACAAACCAGAGGACGAAGUGCCCGUCGUCUGGGGGUACCCCACAUCUGAAAAAGAACGUCUGAAGUUUGGAGUUUAUCGAGACCUUUGGAACCAAGGCUAUUUCCUGUCCAAUGGCAGCAAAUUUGGGGGAGACUUUCUUGUUUAUCCAGGUGAUCCUUCAAGAUAUCAUUCUCACUAUAUUGCCAUCUGCAUUCCUCAUGAGAAAAAGAUGUCUGCUCUUGACAUAGUGAGUAUGGGGCGUCUGGGAUCGAACGUGAGGAAGACUGUUUUACUGUGUUCUGAAGGCCCAGAUAACAAGAUAUCCUACAUCUCACUGCAGUGGACUGGUAUCAGCUGAUAUCAACAAGAUGAUAUCAUGUGUCUGGGUACAGUGGCUGAUAUCUGUGACAUCAUGAUUAAGAUAAAGAUAUCCUAUGUCUCGCUGCAGUGGACUGGUAUCAGUUGAUAUCGAAAUAAGAUAUCCCACAUCAGUACGAUAGACUGGCACUAGCAGAAAUCUGUGACAUGAACUGAUAUAGCAAGAUAUCCCAUGUCUCGCUACAGGACAGCUGAUAUCGGUGGAGUGACUGCUAUGUUGAUUUUUCAGUCGUUUCAAGUGUGCUGGAGUGAGGUGAUUGCAUAUACAUGUAUAUCAAAAUGUUUUACUUGCAGAUGAACAAAGGCUUGAGAAAGUUUCUUAUACAGUAUGUACUCAAAUUUGUUGUGUUUGUCAUUAUACUAAACUGAUAACUUUUCAUAUUUUCCUGAAGUUUGUCUGGUUGUCAGUUCAAGCAUAUUACUGUAUCAUAUGAAACAAAAAUCACUCAAAGAAAAUGAUGGUUGAACAAUCUAAAAAUUAUUUGUUUUUAAUGUUGUCAAAAAAUUUUCAAACACAAAAAUAUUAAUGUAUUUUAAAUAAAAUGAAUUUUUAAAUAUUUUUAUCCUCCCCGAAAACAAAUUUUUUUGGGGGGGUUGUUGUUACUGGAAUCACGUGUUCUGUCUGUGUGUAGACAUAAUUUGCCCAGAGGCCAAUGAACCGAUUUGAUUAAAACUCUUUGUAUAUCUUAUAUGAAUAAUGAAGUUGUGCACCUGCUAUUUUGAUUGAGAUGUUUUAAUAUUCAUGAAGUUAUGGAUAGUUUUUCCAUUUUGAGAGAGUGUUGUCAUUGUCCGUAGUAAAUCUUAAAAACCAAUGAACAGAUUUGAUUCAAGCUUUGUGUAUUAUAAUAUGUACGUAAUGAAGUUGAAAACCUGUCAUUUUUAUUGAAAUUCAAAGAAAUUAGGAAUACAUGUAGUUAGGAAUAUUUUCAUUUUACAGUUGUUUUUUCAACUUUAUGGAAGUAGUCAUUUUCUUGUAGAUUUUGUAAUGAUCUGUUCUCUCACAUCUAGACUUCUGCAUAAGUUAAGGAGAGGGUAUUUGUCUGUCUGCCUAUCUGUGGAUAUGAUGAAAUGUGUCAUUCUCUCGCUCAUGUACUUGUAUGUUGAAUAGUUAUCCAUGAAAUAAUAUUCAGAAGUUAUAAGCAUAUCUUAAAUAGUAACACUCUACUGCAGAGUAUAUUGUCUUGUAUUUACAUUAGUUCUUCAUCAUUUCAAAUAUGGGUAAUCUUCAAUAAUGUUGUUGUCGGUUCCUUUUUAUUUCCGUGCAGUAUCACGGGUAGUGUCCACACUAGUGGGCCCCCUUCCAGGUAUCUGGCUGGCUGCACGCAUGGCAGAUCUCACCUCAGAUCUCCAUUCUUUCCGGUCUUGAGGGUCGGCAGUUGAGAGCUUCCAUUCUCUACGAUCUUUCUCCGUCAACUCUCUCCAAGAUAGCAUUGGCCGACCAACUCUGCGUCUCCCAGGAACUUGUAUAUUUAAAGCAUGAUGAGCACAAAUUCACCAUUUCCAAUAUCCAGUGUGCCCUGCGGGGCUAUUAGUGCUGUUAAGACAGUUCUAGUUAGAUUUAUAGAUGAUAUAGGCUUUAAUAAAUGUUGAGAUUUAGUGCAAUAUUUUAGUGUAUAGGAGAUCAUGAAGAUUUUUGAAAUAAUGCAUUUUUCCCUUGAUUGAAUGACUAUGAAUACAAUGUCAGAGAUUCUUGAUCAGUAUUUAUGCUAGCAGAAUUGCAAAAUUGAGGUCUUUCCUGUGCUAUCUGUCAGGAGGAAAAACAACAAUACCCUCCAUCUUUUUUUAUCAAAAUUAAUUAGAAUGCAACUUUUAAUUAAUUAUUGUUAUUUUUACAAUAAAUAUUUGACAGAAGCAAUGAGA